AUGCUUCUGCAGCGGAGGAUAACCUGUGUGAUUCUGUUAGGACUGUUCUCUGGAGAACUAGUGUCCUGUGGCAAGGAGAAGAGCAGUCCAGUGCUCAAUGAACCCGACUUCGACACUCCCGAGUAUAUACUACCCUGCAGUAGGUCAGAUCCCAAGAUAGAGACAUGCUUUCAGAAGACGUUGAACCAUUUGCAGCCAUACUUGCAGAAGGGUAUUUCCGAGUUGGACCUGCCUCCGAUCGAACCGCUGAUCAUCCCGGAGCUAGGAAUGGAGAACGGCCAAGGCGCAGUUCGAAUCAAAGCUCUGUUCACUAACAUCACGGUCAUAGGCGCUGGGAAUUACACAAUUACCAAGGCACGAGUGGACGUCACUACGUAUAGACUAGACCUUCACUUGGCGUUUCCGAAAAUCGAACUUCAAGGUGGCUAUGAAGUCGUAGGGAAUGUGUUGCUCUUCCCUAUUCAGAGCCAUGGAGAUUUCUGGGCGUUGUUUGGAGACGUUUUAGCGAUCGCUCGCGUCCAAGGAAUAGAAGAGAUCCGCGACGGGGUUCGUUACUUGAAAGUGGGGCGAAUGUUGGUCGACUUCAGCCUGGGUCGAGCUCGAUUCCGCGUGGUCGAUCAAUUAAACGGCGACAACGUGAUCGGCCAGGCGAUGAAUCAGUUCCUCAACCAGAACGCGAAGGAGAUCAUCGAGGAGAUGAGACCAGCUGCGAGUGCCAGCAUCGCGACGCACUUCAAGGACUUCCUUGGCAAGGCCAUGGUCAAGAUUCCGUUGAAAGUUUGGCUCCGUGACACGUAG